CCAUAUACCGAGGGACAGGCCUCAGCAGUAGAUUAUCAUUAACGAUCACUGCCGCGGUAAUGAGUGUAAGCGAUACACCGAGGACCCCUGCGGCUUUACUCUCGGCUGUGGUCAAGAUGCAUGGCAUAUGCGCACAUGCUCUUAUCGGAGUACUUCCGUUGUCAGGCAAAUCAUAUUACGCAACGCUUUAGUGUCAUAAGUUAAUUCCCUUUGUUUUCGCGCAGACGCAGAUGUCGAAUACUAAUACUUCCGGCUGUAUCGUAAACAAUGCUUCGGCUGUCGGAUUUAUAUCCUUUUAUAAAGCAAACUCGAUCAUGUUAUUUUUCAUUUUCAUUCGAUAUGGGCGACUUUAUACACUGGGACGAUUCUGAUUUAGAUUUAGACCUACUCCUUGGCGACUAUACUGAUUAUGACAUAGAGCAACCGUCUGACGAAUGCUUCGAUGGAGACAACUACACUGACAGUCCAGUCUAUGACGAAGCUUCGUCGACUACUGGACCAAAACAGGCAAAAGAUCACGAGAAGGAAAACAAGAAAGCAAGAUAUGCUUGCCCACUGUGCCGAAAAACUUACAUGAGUAUCGGGGGCUUCCGUGGUCAUGUUACCAAGAAACACAACAGAUCAGAUAUUAAAGCACACGAACAUCGACAAGACUCUCCUGGUGGAAGCAGCCCUCCAGGUUCAACCUGCACAGGAAACCCACCAGUUCCCAUGUCAACGAUAGCAGACAUGCAGGAUGCUCUGAAAGCUGUCUUGACUAAGUCAAUCUCUACCGUUAUCUUGGAUCCAAUGAAUGACUCUUCGUGUUCCGUGAAUGGUCCACAUCUCGUUACUAUAGCCAAAGAAUGUAUGGACAAUCAAACAGUUCAGGAAAAACUUAUUUCUGUCCUUACCCCAGAAUUUCAAGAAGUUUUUUACAAGUUUGGACAUGGCUGUUCUCUUUCUGCUGAUAGAGAACAACUGUGGAUGAAAUUUCAUCAGAUGAGACUCAAUGAUGAAUUGCAGUCUGACCUGCACAGCAUUUUGGUGAAAAUGACAAGCGAGUCACAGAGGAUUGUUCAUAUCUUUGCCCAAUGUCUCAUGGACCGCAUUAUGCGAAAUAUUCUGAAAUAUAUCUCAGAAUCACAAAAGAAACAUUUCGAACAAACAGCAUCCACAAUCAGUGAUAAUGACCAAGCUGUGUUGUUUUAUGUAGCAGGCUACAUUUUGCAUGCUGUCUUAAAGAAGAAGAUGAUCUGUGGUACAGACAUAGACAUGCACGUGGAAGAAUGGCUUGCAUCUUCUGAUGAAAGUUCGAAGAGUGUCUACAAUGAGAAAUUUAGUAAGUGGACACAGAAAAUGAGCAGAGGAGGUCUUAAAUUCCCCAGUAGCAAUUUUUACCUACUUGUGAGGUCCUUUGAGAUUGAGAUGAGGACAAAAGUUGAACUUUCUCAGUUGUGUGCCUCGUCACUCCUAUGUGACAAACUUAAAGAAACCAUAAUGACAAAUUACAUGGUUUCGUACCAUUGGGACCAAUAA